AUGUUUCAUUUAAGCAUCAUUCGACGCAAAAACCCUGUUAUCUUUAAGCAGGGGCAGGGGAUGUUCUCACACCAACUGAAGCGUUUGCUGCAGAAGAAAUCGAUUCACCGCUACAACUGGGAUCCCUUGCCCAUGUACGACCCACGCAAACUAGUGCACUCCAAUCGGCGCGUUGACCCAGAGACGUGGCAGGAGAAGUACGAUCCACACUGGGAUGAGCGUGCGCACCUGGUGCCAGAUCAGGUGUACUACCACAUCCCCGUCCCGCCCGAGUACAAGGAUGCGUAUUGGUGGAGAGACCUUCAGGCGCGUCGCGUGCAGUGCCCUGUGGAGUGGGUGAGUCAUCGAAUGUACAACAAAGGUGACCGACAGCGCUACGACUUCCAGGACUUGGCGUUCCGCAAAAAGUUCGAGUAUUCGUACGAGGAGGUGGUCAAGAAUGCGAGGGAUAUGCGGAGCUGA